CUUGAAACUCUUAACUACUAAGUUUGUUGUAGUCUUUCUUAUCCUUCAACCUCAAACUCUCUCCUUCUCUCUCUGCCAAGUAAAAUAAAAGUUCCUUCCUUCUUCCUUUCAAUUCUGAUUCUGUUGCUUCCUGCAGCUUAUAUAACUCCUUUAAAUCAUUCUUAUUUGAAUUUCUAUUGUCAAUUCUCAAACCCACGGACAUGGAAAUUUCACAUGUUGUGGAGGACAACAGAAAUGAAAACAUGCAGAAUUCACAAACUCUACUUUCAUCCAAAUCCUGUGUAAGUUCCCAAAACGAGUAUACACAGGAAGUAGAACCAGGGCCACCCCAUGAGUCUUUGUUCCUUGUUUUGGCUUACCUUCCUUUGUUUGAGCUUCUUGCCAUGAGUGAAGUUUGUAUGUCAUUAAGAGAUGCAGUGCACAAUGAUGUACUGCUAUGGCUGAAUAUCAUUGUUGAAAGGCCUUUAAGUUUAAGGUUGUCUGAUGAGAUUCUGAUGAAGAUCACUUCAAAAGCGAGUGGUAGGCUGAAAACUUUGGUUCUGAUAAACUGUGAGAAGAUUACAGAUGAUGGGCUUCAGCUAGUCGUAAGGAAGAACGCCCAUAUCAACAAGCUCUUCCUACCAGAAUGCACUGGCUUAACCCCUGAGGGAGUCAUUAGAGCUGUAAAGACAUUAUCCGAAAAUCAUCACAGUUUAAAAAGUCUAAGGAUACAUGGCAUCUACAACAUAAAGAAAGAUCACCUCGACACAAUUCGCUCGUAUUUCCAAAUGAAACUGCCUCAGCAGGAGCAUCAAAGGCAGCAACCUAUCCUAUUUCAUCAUAGGAAUUCCCCAGAGUUUAGAAAUGAAGAAAGUAACCCUAUGAUCGGCAUUGACGUGGAUAUCUGCUCAAAGUGCAACAAUGUAAGUAUGGUUUAUGACUGUCCACGAGAGACCUGCAAGAAAAAGAGUUGCAAGGCAUGCAACCUUUGCAUUCCGAGGUGUGAAGAGUGUGGUGAAUGCAUCAUAGAAUCUGAAGAACUGGAAGCCACUGCGUGUGGUGACAACUUGUGCUCAAACUGCUGGUUGCAGCUUCCUAAAUGUAAUUUCUGUAACCAGCCAUAUUGCAAGCUACACAUCAAUCACCAACACAGGCUUUCCAGCUCUAAUGGUUUCGUUUGUGAUGCUUGUCAUGUGAAAUUUGUUGCGAUGUUGGGUGCUUGCUACUGCUAAUGUCGAAUAUUGACAUGCACACUCUAGUUCUAGAAUGUCAUAAUCAACCUCAAAUCUUAUUUCUCAUAUUAGUUCAUCACUCGUAUAUAUGCACAUCUUAAUGAGAAUUGAAGAUGCAUCUCACGUAACUCUUGCUUUAA